UGAGCGCGCUGCACAGUGACACGGCCGCUUUGGGCACGCCAUUGUAGACACUAGUUACUGCCGCUGUCAUUCUCCGCCCUGUCGCCUGCGCUGGUUUGGUGUUUCAUUCAUUAUUCCAGUGAAAGUUCCAUAGUGUAAAGCCUCGUUUCACAAUGGCUGACUCCUCCUGGGCGCAGGCCGUGGACGCGCAGGAACGCGAAGCUUCCGAAUCGAUUAACAGUCUCCAAAUCAAAGAUAAACCAGAAGAGAAUGGCGCAGCUUCAAAAACAGAAGGAGAAGCGAAUAACAAGACAGAGGAUGAGGACAAAGAGGACAAAGCCGCACAGUCUUACCUGAACAAACUAAUCCGGAGCAGUUUGGUCAACAACAAAAAUGAAGUGGAAGUUUUACAGAAAGAUCCAAAUUCACCUUUAUAUUCCGUCAAAUCUUUUGAGGAGCUCAGACUUAAACCACAGCUGUUACAAGGAGUGUAUGGGAUGGGUUUCAACAGACCGUCUAAAAUCCAGGAGACUGCAUUACCCAUGAUGCUCGCUGAGCCUCCACAGAAUCUAAUCGCACAGUCACAGUCUGGAACAGGCAAAACUGCUGCUUUUGUUCUGGCCAUGCUCAGUCACGUGGACCCCAACAACAAGUGGCCUCAGUGCUUGUGUGUGUCACCUACGUAUGAGCUGGCUCUGCAGACGGGGAAGGUCAUUGAGCAGAUGGGCAAACACUAUCCUGAGGUGCAACUGGUCUACGCCAUCAGAGGAAACAAGUUGCCGAGGGGAGUGAAGCUGCAGGAGCAGAUCGUGAUCGGGACCCCGGGAACGAUGCUCGACUGGUGCGCCAAGUUCAAGUUCAUCGACCCCAAAAAGAUCCGUGUUUUUGUGCUGGACGAGGCCGACGUGAUGAUCGCCACACAAGGACAUCAAGACCAGAGCAUACGCAUACAGAGGAUGCUGCCUAAGAACUGUCAGAUGCUCCUGUUCUCUGCCACGUUCGAGGAGACGGUGUGGAACUUUGCUCAGAGGAUUGUCCCAGAGCCAAACAUCAUCAAACUGAAGAGAGAGGAGGAGACGCUGGACACCAUUAAACAGUACUACGUCCUGUGUAACUCUAAAGAGGAGAAGUUUGAGGCACUCUGCAACAUCUACGGAGCCAUCACCAUCGCUCAGGCCAUGAUUUUCUGCCACACGAGGAAAACCGCCGGGUGGCUGGCAGGGGAGCUGUCUAGAGAGGGUCACCAGGUGGCGCUGCUGAGUGGAGAGAUGCAAGUGGAGCAGAGAGCGGCGGUGAUCGACAGAUUCAGAGAGGGAAAAGAGAAAGUGCUCGUCACGACCAACGUUUGUGCCAGAGGUAUUGAUGUGGAGCAGGUGUCCGUGGUGAUAAACUUUGACCUCCCAGUGGAUAAGGAUGGUAACCCUGACAACGAGACAUACCUGCACCGGAUUGGUCGCACAGGUCGCUUCGGCAAGCGCGGCCUGGCCAUCAACAUGGUGGACAGCAAGAUGAGCAUGAACAUCCUCAACCGCAUCCAGGAGCAUUUUAAUAAGAAAAUCGAGAGGUUGAACACGGACGACUUGGACGAGAUUGAGAAAAUCGCCAGCUAAAGGGGCGGCCGCGUCCUAUCUUAAAGGGACGGUCCCCUCCUCAUGGCUCUCCAUGGACUCACUGUUUUAAGCUUUUACUUUUUUAGAUUCUGGAGAGAAAAAAAAAAAAAUCAGUUUACACAUACUCAUGUUUCUGUCUCUGAAACAUACCCCAUUUCACUAUUUGUGUGAUUUAAUAAAGUCUAGUUUUAUUUUUUAUUAUUAUUUUGUGGUGCUACUUUGGAAUUAUUUUUCCUAAGUUUGGGAAUCAGGAACAUUACACAAUGCCAAGAGAUCUUAUUAUGAUUAUAAUGUGCCACAACAUUUUUAAACUAAAAACCAUACAAAAAGACUAUCUUGGUCGAAUCAUGCCGGUUGUGCUGGAUCGAUUGCACAAAAGCUCCAGUGAAGUUGGGUAUGCUUCUGUCUGGGCCUGGCCACACUUCAUGUACAUGGGUAUUUUUAUAAACCGCUUAUUUUACCAUCUGUUUGGGCAUCUUGUGAAUAUGUAAACCUUUUUAUGACAAGUUUGGAAAGUAAAGAUGCUCUAAAGUAAGUGAUUGCGUUCUAGUUUUUUACAAGGAAAGUAGCAUUUAAAGGAACUGUAUGUAGCCUGCACACUUGUUUUAAAGAUACUAUGAUACUAUGGACUGAGCCUGUGUUGCCAGAGCCUUAACCUGCAGAUACACAUCCAGGGCCUCAAGUGAAACUCAGAACCUCUAGAAUUCCCUCCCUGAGCUGCAAAGGCUGCACUAGCACUGACUCAGGAUUGGUGCAGGUGCUGGCCUUAGGGAGAGACUAUUGAGAUCAGAAAGAGACAUUUUAGGUUUAAACACUGGAUUUCAGCUUUGAAACUGGCAACUCAAAUGAAAGAGUCAUGUGAGGCUCUUUCUGCUCUCUGAUUGGAUAAACAUGUUUUGUGAUCCAAAACACCAAAUUAUAACUAACAACUUGUCUAAUAUUUUGUAAUUCAGAAUAAAUCAGCAUUAUAAUUCUUAUUAAUUAAAGCUAUAUUUAUUUUGAACAUGUUUGUGUUAAUAACGUUUGAAUCAAAAUCAUGCAUACAGUUCCUUUUACACAAGGUAAAAAUCUGUGGCUGAGGUUCAGAUAUUUUGAAUGGACUGCCAAAUUAACCACACAAGCGUAAGAAACAGCCCCUAAAAACUCAUGUAUUUUGAUAUAGGAAAUGUAUACUUGAAUUUGCAUAUCUCCAAAACAAUUGUGACACAAUCCAUUUUUAGAUGUAUCUCCUACCUCAACUGCACACAGCUUAAACUUGUUAGUUUGAAUUUCUUAAUCUUAAAUGUCCAUGUAUGUGUGACCAGGCCCUACAUAAUGUUAUUGAUGGUGAUGUUUGAGUUGGAAGGGUCUAUGCAAAACUAUUCUUACACUAUUGAAAUGGGACAAUGUUCGGUUUAAACUCAACUUCAGGAAACUAUAAAGUUAAAUAAUCUGUCAUGUUUCUUCACUGGUGUAGUGCCUCAAGUAAGCAUAGAAUCACCAAACAUCAUUUUAAAAAUGGACAAUUUUCAAAUUCACAACCAAAAUUCAGGAAAUGUUGGGACACUUUUAAAAAUGUUAUUAAAGAUGCAGGUUUUCAAUGUGCAAAUCUAUCCAUCAUUCCUGUAUCAGAGUGUGUAUCAUCGGCCUCAUGGCUUGGGGCAGCACUGGAGGUGGGGUGGGUUUGAGAGGGCACUAGCCUCCCUUAGAAUGGCCUAUGCACCCCCAUAGCUCCCUCAGACAUUUUACCUAAUUUUCAAAGAACAUUUAUUCUCGACUAGAAAUGUUCAGAUGGCAACCACAGAGUUAAAAAUGAGACUACUAUAAACCUACAAUUCCAUAUUAGGUUUUAUCAAUCACGACAGAGGCCAGCUACAGUUAAACUUGUUUAAAACAGCAAAGCAAACAUGUUAACAUAUUAAGUGAGUACCCCCCAUUGAACACUCUGGCACUCCCUUAGCUCCUCCAACCAAAAGUGUCUGGCAGCGCCCCUGCUCAUAGCUCUUCUGCUCUCUAGACCCUGGGUUCUGUCCUCAGCCAAUCAGAAAACAUUUUACAGCAGUACAAAAUGCCCCAGUAGGGAUAUGCCAAUCCACCUUUUUCAGCUUUGAUACUUUGACCCUAGUAGUACCAGGGUAGGUGAGGGGGGUGUUAUUUAAAAAUGUGAAUAUUUUGUGGUUAAUUCCAAAGAUUGAAAUCUGAACUGUUAAACUAAGUCUAGAAUCUCAUGUAUUUCAAAACAUGUUUGUAGAGGUCUACACAGGAUUAAGCAGCUUUUACACAAAAAAGACCCCAUGGAGACACAGGGAGGGCAUCUGACACACAGGGACAUUUUGUUCUCUCAUAGGACCUCAUAUUAUCUUAAAAAUAGCAGCACACCAAAUCGUAAAACUCCCAUCAUUCAUUAUAUGUGACUUUGUCCCAGCCUUUUCUGACUCGUUUUGGUUGCAUUUUUUGACAGAUUUGCUUCACAUUUGUCAUGUGUUUGAAUCAGGGUUGGGCUCAGCUGCUGUUCUGUGCUCUUCAAGAUUGUGAUCUCAAAUCUCAAUGCCUCAAGUGCAUUAUUCACUAAUUUUGUUGACAAUUAUUUGAAAAUUAUUUGGGCUUAAAGUGCCUAUGACAGGAACUGACUAUUGUCUAAUUUCUACUUAAGUUGGUGGGAGAAGUUGGAGACAUAAUGUUGGAUGUAUAAAUCAUAGUUUUACAUCAAUCAAGAAGCAAUUUGUGAGGAAAAGUUGAAAAUAUAUUAAAAUGACAGGAAUAGAGAGUUCUCUUUUACAGGGUUCCAUAUGGUUGACGUCACACUGGGAGAAUUUCACAAUUUGUACACAAAAACAUUUUUUUCUUAUACUUUAAACAUUAUUUCAACAAAAUAAAGGUGUUUUUUAAAAUUUUUUUAUCUGUCAUAUAUUCAUUUUUGUACAAUAGAGGAGUCCUGGCCCAGUGUACCACAUGGUUGCUAGGUAACAGUUCUGGAAUUCCCUAGUGUGAUGGCAUGAUUUCCAACCAGGAAGUAAAAUUUUAAACCUAAAAAAAAAAAGACCAAACUGGAGAAAACAUUAGAAACGUUUUAGUAAAAUGUUAUAAUGAUCUUAACUGUGUUUUUAGUCAAACGAAUAGUCUAACCUACCAUAGGCACUUUAAUAUUCUGAGGAAAACUUGACAUUUUUGAUUACUAUGAGUACUAUAUAAUGAUAAUAUAUAAUGAUAAUGAUUGCAUUUUGAGCAUCUGUAGAUGUGUGAAACCAAAUGUUGAUUCUGGACCUGUGGCUCGAAUGGAUUUCAAAACAAAAUGUUGUUCUUCAAAUAUUGGUGAGAAAAGUGUGUCUGAAUCAGACACUUGUGAAAAGUAGAAAAAGAGUUUGGAUUGUUACAAACACAGCACUGUAAAAGCACUGUGAACAGUUUGAGCAGAGGUGGUUUUCUCUAUGACUUUGCCUCAGGUUUUGACUUCAAGAUCCAGUACAUCUCUUUAGACAGAGGGAUCACUCUGCUCACCACUCGGUUUAUUUCACUGAGUGAUACAAGUGAAACCGAGGAGCUCACAGAGGUGAUAAGAGUAGCAAGUGUAGAAAAUGUUACUCAAUUAAGAGUAAUGUGGUCCAAGAAAUUACUCAAGUAACUUAAAGAGAAACUGUCAAGACAAAAGUUAAUGUAAUUGGAAGAACACAACAUUAAGUAAGUCACAAAAUCUGGAGUUUUCACAGGACAGACACAAAAAUGAGAAACACAAAUGUUCAAAUUGUUAACAUAAAGCUUUUGUCACUUUAGACUUACAGUGUACUGUUACUUCACUAAAAUAUUACUCAAGUAGGAAUAAAAAGUAUGCUGCUAGAAAGUACUGUGAAAAGUACAGCUCAUUGGUCACCAAUCACUUUGAAUAAAUGACAUUUCUUUCCUCUCAGAUGAACAGGGUUUAGUGCUUCACUCAUUAAUUUUUCAAAAAUGUGCUAAAACUGAAACAAAGUGAUCGAGAAAGCCUCACAGUACAGGUGGAACGUUGUAAAUAACAUUAUUUUGACCAAUGCUCUGGACUCUUUUCAUUGGUCAGUUCUUCAUUCGUCAAAAGGCUGGCGUUUGUUCCAGGUCUGGACUUUAUGGACUAAAUUCUCACAGUGAGAAAAACCAAACAGCCAAAUUGAGUGCGAGUGUGCUCCUAAAACACUGGCUCUGUGAAUAUGUUUGGAUUUAUAAGAAAUGCUGAAUGCGGUUUAUUAUUUAGACACUUGGAUGUAGACAUUAACCGUGAGAGUGUGCACAUUUUCCUUUAGUCCUGAGUCAUAUGGUGCAAGAGCAGGGGUCACCAGGAGAGGGUGUGAUAAAGGCAUAUCUGCAAUGCACGGUUCAAAAUCUCUAUUAGGUCAAGUUAAAUGGAUAGGAUUUGUAUUUGAAGUACUUAAGGACCAUGUGACUGCAGAAUAAAUAUGAGCUAAAUUUGAGGCAUGAAUUACCAGCAAAAUGUAAUUAUUGUAUUAUUACCUACAAUAGAAUGUUAUACAGUACAGCAUUAGUAAAAAAAAAAAAACAU